AUGGAGCGUCAGGUCAUGGCGGGAUACAUGAAAUCCAGAGAAGAGCAAAAUGCUAAAUGUGCAAGAACUGCAGCUUUUCUGUGGACUGGGUUGUUCUUCAUUCAGCUUUUUGUGCAUACAUCAGGUAUUUCACGCAAUAUUGCUGAAAUUAGGGAUUUGGAAAAUCUCACUGGGUAUGGACCACAACACUUCUGCUACAUCAAUCAGAUUGUUCCUGGAUGGAAGGAAGUCUGGACUAGAAUACAGGUUCGUGUGUGGAGCUCUGGUCAGCUCAAAGUUACUGUGGUCCAGGACGAGGAGGCACUGCGGGAGUUGGAACAUUUCAAUAUUUGGACCCUAGUGCACUACUUCAUUCACGAGCAGACCAAUGAGACCAUUGUGUCUCCCAGCCUCUUCAACCCAAAAACCUGCUUUCGUGUGGACCCGUCAGACCAGGAGGUGCCAUAUGCCCUGAGGGCAGACCGCAAGUUUGACAUCUACCUGUUCUUGGUGUUCGUCACUGGACUGCUGGUGUUUUUCUUUGCUGAUGAACUCAGUCGGAGUCAGGUGUUUUACUACUCUGCUGGUAUGAGCACGGGCCUGAUUGCCUCCCUCAUCAUCCUCAUCUUCAUCCUGGGUCGUUUCCUACCUAAAAAGAGUCCGUUCUAUGUGCUGAUGGUGGGGGGCUGGUCCUUCUCCCUGUACGUCAUUCAGCUUGUGCUUAAGAAUCUCCAGCUGAUCCUCAAAGAACACUGGCACUUUGCCAUAGGUUAUGCUGCAGUGGUGGGCUUUGUUAGCUUUGCGGUGUGUUACCGCCACGGCCCCCUGCUGGAGGAACGCAGCAUUAACAUCCUGUCCUGGACACUGCAGCUGUUUGGACUGCUGCUGAUCUAUGCUGGCAUCCAGGUCCAGCAGGUGGCGCUGGCUGUCAUGGGAGCAGCUUUCUGCUCAAAAAACCUGGAGUACCCAGUGGCUCUGGGACUUAACAUCUGGCAGAAAGUGAGGCCAAAGUUGCAUUGGAAACCAGAGCCUCGGAGACUGCUUACAAAAGAGGAAUAUCAGAAGCAAGGGGAGGUGGAGACGCAGCGUGCUCUUGAGGAGCUGCGUAUAUACUGCAGCAGCCCUGACUUCAACACGUGGAAGACAGUGUCCAGACUCCAGUCCCCUGCACGGUUUGCUGACUUCAUGGAGGGCUCACCUCACCUGCUUCCCAACGAAGUCUCAGUCCACGCCCACGAGUUUGGUCUGGGAGACUCGCUCCUGGAGGAUGAGCUGUUUGACACUGAUGAUGAGGAAAAGGAGGAUGAAGGGUGGGAAACAGAAGGAGAGACAGUGAAAGAGGAUCCAGUGUUGCGUUGGAACAACAUGAGAUAACACCAGGAGGGGAGAAAGGAGAGGAAACACGUUCAAGAAUACAAAAACACAGUCAGUAGGAAUUCUGCACAUGAAAAACUGUGGACUUUUAUCAAAAGGCACAAAGACUCAUGUAAGUGGAAAGAGCCAUGGUUCUGCUGACAG